AUGGUGCCUAGGCAAGAGGAACACGCUCGACCGCCGCCCGCACCACGUUUAUGGUCGCGCCUCUCAACCCUGUCGAAACGUUCUUUUCGCUCCUUCACCUCAGACUUCGAGGCCGAUGACGAGCGUUCCGACACCGACUCGGAGUACGACAGAAUGAGUCCCGGCAGCAGUAGCGACGGCUUCUUUCACGGCCAAGGCCGGUACCACGGCGAAGACACCCGCCCCACGAGCCAGAAGGAGCUUUCUGGCUGGUACGCCUAUGCCUUUGCUGCGGAGACCUAUGUCAUCUGUGCUAUCGGUAUGUUUGAACCGCUCCCUGUGCAUCAUGUCCCGCAUCAUUUCCCGGGGGGCAUGGAAACAUCUCUGGAACGGCCGCGUCGACCUUCCCUCUCCUCUCCUAACCCUAAUCUGUUUGCGCUGACAUGCUAUUGCGCAGGCUCCUUUAUCCCGAUCCUCCUCGAGACUCUCGCGCGUGAAAAUGGCGUUCUUCUGUCCGACCGAACGACCCCCUGCGGCACAAGCGACUCCAAGAACAAGACCGACGGACAAUGCAUUGUCUACAUCCUCGGCAUGGAGAUCAACACAGCAAGCUUCGCCAUGUACACCUUCUCCAUCAGUGUUCUUCUCCAAGCGUUUCUUGUUGUGAGCAUUAGUAGUGCUGCCGACCACGGUGAUUCGAGAAAGAAGCUUUUGCUCGCUUUCGCAUGGAUCGGCAGCUUCUCUGUCAUGGCUUACAUCUUUGUCAGCAAGAGCACGUAUGUCCUGGGCGCGCUGUUGGCCAUCAUCUCCAACGCAUCGUUUGGCGCCUCUUUUGUGCUUCUGAACUCGUUCCUACCGCUCUUGGUCCGUUACCAUCCGGACGUGUUGGCAUCCGAGACGGUGCACACUCCGGAUCUGGGGCAUACGGAUUUGGAGUCGCAGCCCCUCAAUGGAACCCACCUAGACGAGGACUCGGCCGUCGGUGAUAUGGAAGAUUCCACCACGGCGCUGCUUGAUGGAAACCCACACCAGGGCCACUCUCUGGUCAGAAAAGCUACCCAUGAAGAGCUCACCUCAGUGGAGCUGCAGCUGUCAACCCAGAUCUCCGCCAAGGGAAUCGGCACCGGCUACAUUGCUGGGCUGUUUUUGCAAUGCGUUGCCAUCGCCAUAUUAAUUGCCAUGAAAAACUCCACAUGGUCGCAAAGGGUUGUACUCUUCUGUGUGGGUGCCUGGUGGGCGACGUUCACCAUCCCGGCCGCCAUGUGGCUCCGCCCAAGGCCAGGCCCACCCAUGCCCAUCACUGAGUCGGGCAAGGGAGUCCGCGCUUGGCUGAAUUAUACCAUCUAUGCUUGGAAAUCUCUUUUCAAGACAGUUCAACUCGCUCGUCGUCUGCUGGACAUCAUGCUAUUUCUUGCCGGAUGGUUCUUGCUCUCCGAUGCCAUUGCCACGACGUCCUCGACGGCAAUCCUGUUUGCCAAGACACAGCUUCAUAUGAAGCCAUGGGCGUUGGGAAUGAUCAAUGUCAUCUCCACUACGUUCGGCGUCAUCGGAGCAUUUAGCUGGGCCUUCGUCUCGCGCAAGUUGAAUUUGAAGCCCCACCAGACAAUUUUGGUCUGUAUCGGACUUUUCGAACUUAUCCCCAUUUACGGUCUCCUCGGAUAUCUGCCAUUUGUGCAGAACUGGGGCGUCAUUGGACUGCAGCAACCGUGGGAAAUGUAUCCCUUGGCUGCGGUGUAUGGGCUCGUCCUGGGUGGUCUGUCGAGCUUUUGCCGUAGCGUUUAUGGGGAGCUCAUCCCUCCUGGCUCCGAGGCCGCUUUCUAUGCCCUCUACGCCAUCACUGAUAAGGGUUCGAGCGUAUUCGGGCCGGCCAUUGUCGGCGCCAUUAUUGACGAAUCUGGUGACAUUCGACCGGCCUUUUGGUUCCUGGCAGCUUUAGUGGGGCUCCCAGCACCGCUCAUCUGGAGUGUCAACGUGGAAAGGGGCAAGCGUGAGGGGGAAAAGCUUGCUGAAACGAUUGAAGGGUUUGAGAGCCAGCAGAGAGAGCUUGCCAGCGAGACGGAAAGUGAAGACCGUCCUAUUCUCAGUGCAUAUGACGAUGAAGAGGAUGAGCGCGACCGGACCAGACGGUAUUAA